GGGCCUUACCCCUAUUGAACAGGAGAGACCAUGCACGAGAUGUAUCAAGCGAAAUAUUGGCCAUCUAUGUCAUGAUGAGCCCCGGGAUCCGGAUUCAAAGAAGCUCAAAGGUACCCCCGGUGCGGCUGGACACGAAGAGUCGGAGAUCCAGCCCGAGCUACCGCAGAAUUCAAUAGAUCAGAGCGCCGCUGCCAUGGCACCACCGUCAUUCGACGGAACUGGAGCAGCUCAAAGACCUAAGCAAGGUUUUGGUGCAGCUGCACUAGGUCAGGCAAACCCCCUACAGCUUGUGUCACCGAAUCCGGUCUCCAGUAUGCAGGCCAAUGGCUCUGGCAGCAAUAUGAACCAAUUCGGUGGGUUCUCUGAUGCCUGGCUAUCCGCCCAAAAUCAAUUCCACGAUAUGCAUCACUACCAUCCUCAAUACAUGCUUGCCCCAGAAGUCUCCCACGAAUUUAAUCUGCUCAAUGAUUUUCUGAACACUAGCCUCCUCGAUGACGCGGGGAACCUGCCAGACGACCAGAAUCUGUUGUUCAGGAAUAAUCUGUCGCAACUUAAUCAGUCCGAAAUGGCAAGCUUCGUGGCUGGCAGCAAUAGCAACAUUCUAUCUACGAAUUCGAUGCAGGCAGGUUCCAUGCCUCCGCCCAGCACGGAACAGGCCGGCUCCAGUGCCAUCUCUCCAGACAAGACGCGUGAAUUCUACCUCCAGGCGGCGGAUCCAUCAGGAAACGACACGCCAGAGGCGCGCAUGCACAGUGUGAUGAAGGCCAAAUACAAUGCAGGCCUUCUAAAGCCGUUCAAUUACAUCAAAGGCUACGCUCGGUUGUCGUCAUACAUGGAUACCCAUAUUGCUCCCGCGUCGAAGCAGAAGAUCCUUCGACAGCUGGAUCGCUUUCGACCCAAGUUCCGAGAGAAGGUGCAGGGACUUAGAGAUAUCGAGCUUGUCUACGUAGAGAUGUGGUUCGAGAAGACCCUGCUAGAAUAUGACCGAGUCUUCGCAGCCAUGGCGGUCCCGGCUUGCUGCUGGAGACGCACCGGGGAAAUCUUCAGGGGCAACAAGGAGAUGGCUGAACUUAUCCACGUUCCAGUAGAUAAGCUACGAGACGGUAAAAUUUCGCUGCACGAAAUACUGACAGAAGAGUCGCUCGUACGGUAUUGGGAAGAAUUUGGCACUAUCGCGUUCGACGCGGCCCACGACACGCUUCUAACGGCGUGUGCUUUGAAGACCCCAGAUGACCGAUCGAUCGAUCCGAUCAUUAACUGCUGCUUUUCAUUUAUGAUACGUAGGGACGAUCACAAGAUGUGAGUAGCGAGCCUCGGCCUAGGCAAAAUAGUUUGGAUGUAGGAAUACUGCUAACCGCUAUUUCUACUUAUACAGACCCAGCCUCAUCGUUGGCAAUUUCCUUCCGCAUGACCCUCCGCAUUCUUAGAAUCAUACUAUAUCUCUAUGGGAUAUUGGACGGCAUCCAAAUAAUUUCUAUUUGGGCAUCAAAGCAGGUAUUAUUUUCGCAUUAACUACCUCUUAUACGUUAUAUCAAUGGCAUAGUUAUGGGUAAUCUGCAAAGGUUGUUGGCUAUUUCAAGAUAUGAUAGAUGUAAUGCAUUCUUAUCCAAGAGCUUCAGGGGCCACGUCAUGUCUAGCAGUCUAGCAGCAAUUAUAUCGUGGAGGUACUUUGUUUCGGGGUACUAAGAGGGAGAGACGGAAACAACGAUGGUAUCCCACUAGGUUUGGAAGGUGCUAUUGGAUCUUUCUGCUACGACUUCCCCUGAUUGGAAAGUAAAGUACAACACUACCUUUUCGUACCUGACCAUAGACUUUUGGAGAAAAGACAAAUAGAAUUCCACCAAAUAUCUUUCAUGCUUUUUCCCACCUCUGCCAAUCAACUCAAGACCUCCCUUUUUUCGAUGGUGAUAAUGCCCCUUUUGCAAACCCCCUAGGCAAGCUACCGAGAUCUGAAACUCUUUCAAGGUGGCCUUUU